AGUACUGUAGGUAAAGGUAAAACAGCUAAAAAAGAAUAUAAAAGAAAAAGAUGUUUACUAGUGUUUACUUGUCGGAAUUUGAAAGAUUUUUUUUCCGAAGUCUCUAUUGUAGAGGCCCUCCGUUUGUGGGGGCCCUCCGUUUGUGGAGGCUCCGGUUGCCCUCCCCUAAAUCCGGCCCUGUCCAUCACGUGUGUGCCAAAAUAACACCGCUACGUGGAAAUGGCUGAGCUCGCUGGAAAGGACGCGCGCAGUGUCCAGGGAACGAGGGAACUCACGAUGACCACCGUGCGGGACGUGCGGAGACUCGAGAACUACGUGCGGAAGACAGAGAAGGACAUCCGGCGAGCCCUGCAGGACAGGGCGAAGGCGGCGUUCAAGCUGCGCACCCUGUACAGCGAAGGCAUCGCCGUCGGAAACAUCCUGUGUGACGUCGCGCUGUUGGCGUCCGAAGUUCCCAAGCUGAGCAAGGACGUGGUGGACCGGCUGUUCCUGCUGGCCGGCAGCCUGGUGGCGUCCUUCGCCGAGCCGCGCGCCGCGGCAGACGAGGCGGAGGCGCGCCUGGUGGUGGGCGUGCUGACACUGCUGGGGCGGCUGUGCGCCACGGAGGAGGCGGCGGCGAGCCUGCAGGAGGAGCCCGCCGACCAGGACGUGCUGGUGUCGCUGGCCGCCUCCGUGGUGCGCCUGCAGUCCGCCGACCAGCCCACGGCCGACGUCAAGGCGCUGCUGCUGCAACCACUAUUCAAUCUGAUCUCCGACAAAGAAGACCUCACAUUUCUCCAGAAGCGCUCCGAUCUCUACGCCGCCGUCUUGGAGCUGCUUGAUAGCACAGAAGAACUGCAUUUCAGAUCAGACGCGUUGGCUAUUCUUGACAAACUGACGGAGAAGUUUGAAGAUGAGACUACCAAAAAAAACAUUCCCAUGGACUGGUUGGAAAAUAUCAUCGAGAGGAAAAAGGAAGCGCAGAUCAAACUGCAAGAGGAACUUGAGAUUCAAGCGGACAUGAUCGAGAAAGUUGAAAAUAUUCGGGCCCGGAUUCGUGGAGAAGCGCCGCCGCCGCCCGCUGACGUAGCGCCGGCCAAUGGGACAGCACCACCCGCAGGGAAAGCACCUCCCACAGGGAAAGCACCACCCGCAGUGAAAGCACCAGCCGCCGGCACAGCACCUCCCACAGUGAAAGCACCUCCCGCAGUGAAAGCACCGACUGUACCGAAGAAGUGACGCUGCGAAGUACAGUCGAUCAUCACAACUUACCUGGAAUUAGUUUGUAAGAAAUUCAUUGCGAACACUUCAACAAUGUAUGAAUCUGCGUUAUAAAUAACAAUUUACGAAACCUCAAAAAUUUGGCUCGAAUAAAAAUUAGGGGCUUCAGUUCCCAACAAACUUUGAA